GCAAUCUCUUCGCUUGGUUCAUUUCUGUUUAGUUCUGAAAAUAGAGAGCUGUGGAUUAUUUGAGAAAUAAUGAAAUUCCAGAUUUUAUUCUGGAUAUCGUUGAGCUUCCUAUUGGUCUGGAUAGGAAUAUAUGCAGCAUCAGCCAGUAAAUUACUAGCCGCAUUUCCCAAAAUAGUGCGACCAGGAUCCCCUUUAAUUGUGAACUGUCACCUGUUAAAACGUGGAAGCCAAAAUUUGAUAUUAGAACUUGUAAAGGACGGAAGUACAAUACGUCAAAAUACGUCCACUGUCACUUUUGGAAAGCAGCAUAAUAUCAUGCUAAACGUACCGCCUGAUUUGACAUCUUCGAAGAACUUAAGGGUCAAACUAUCAUACAGUGGAGAUUCAAUUGUGUCACCUAUUCAAUAUGAUGACCUGAAGAGUGUCGUUUUGAUACAAACCGACCGUGGAAUGUAUGCCAAAAAUGAAGAAGUGAAAAUGAGAAUUGUAACGCUGACUCAAAGUUUGAAACCAUUAAAAACACAGAUUAGUGUAGCCAUCUAUGAUGGUAAAAAUAAACUGGUGCAGCAAUGGUUAAAUGUGCGAGGAGUACUAGGUGUAUUUUCCAGAAAAUUUUCCAUUCCGGGUGAUCCCAACAAUGGGCAGUGGCGUAUUGUUGUCGACGAUACGAAAAGGAAAACAGAAAAAACAUUCAUAGUUCGAAAAUAUGUUGUUCCAAAGUACAAAGUUGAUAUAUCAUGCCCUACGUUUUUCACAAGAUCUACAAGGAGACUGCGAUGCCUUGUUAAAGCUAGGUAUAUGUUUGGUAGAAAAGUAAAUGGUGUAGUUCAUGCCCAGCUUGUAACAAAGACGAGAGACGGUGAUAAGUUUUUAUACAAUCAUCAUGAUAAUAUAAGAGGAGAGUUUUGGAUAACGACGACGAAAAAUACAAGCUUUAUUUUCGAAAACGAUAUCGAAGUAAUAGCUCGAGUAAGCGACCCCUCUACUGGCACGACUGUCGUUAAUUCAGCAGUCAUAAACUUAAGACGAGAUGCAAAAAUGAUAUGGUCUUUGGAACCGAUUAGAAAACAUUUCCAACCAGGACUGAAAUUUGUUACAUUCGUGAGUUUCAAGCAAUAUACUUUUAUAAUUGGAUAA